AUGGGGGAGAUGGUAGUGGUGGUGGUAGCUAUGGGGGUGAUAGUGGUGGUUGCAGUGGGAGUGAGUGAUGGUGAUGGUGAUGAUGCUAGCGGUGGCAAUGGUUAUCGUGGGGGUGAUAGUGGGGCUAAUAGCGGCGGUGGUGGUGGGAAUAAGGGUGGGGGUGGGGUUGGUGGCAAUGGCAGUGAUGGUGAUGGCGGUGGUGGUGGUGUCAGUGGAGGUUAUGCGGAGCUGGUAGUGAGGUGGCGAUGGUGGUGGUGUCAUGGUGGGGUACUGGUGGUGAUAGCCAUGAUAAGAUGGUAUAGAAGUGGUGAAAUCAUAUCUUGA